AUGGCUGCGUACGUGGCCCCAUCUCGCCUGGCCGCCCUCACGAAACUGCGGUGUUCCAUUUUUCAAACGUCCUACAACCCCAAGAGCCUACGAACAGGCGCGAAGUACCUCCGAGCUCGUCUACGCGGCCCCUCGAUGGUGGCCUACUAUCCAGACGAGUUCAACAUCCCACAAAUCAUCAGAAGAUAUCCAGAGUUGGAAAUGGUUGAUGAAGAUGAGCAAGAACGGCUGCAGGAUGUGCGUGAGAGGAAGCAAAGAGGAAAGGGUGCUCCAAAGAAGGCCAAGACGAAAGAGGACAGCAGGAGGACACACAAGAAGCGGUGA